AUGAGGAUGGGGGGCUUCUGCAGCUGCUUCGGCAGGCCCACCCUGCCGGAGCUGCUGGAGCCCAGCCCCCGAGGCGUCGACGACGAUCUGCCGACGACGGGGCGUAUGAGCUCGGCGGCCAGCGAGCACAGCUCCCGGCUCUCCGAGUACGCCGUCGCUCAGGUGGGCGCCCAGACGCCCUGCGCGCCGGUGGCGGAGACGGAGCUGCUGGACGUGGUGGUGGCGGAGGACGGGGAACUGGUGAGGACCAAGAAGCUGGUGGCAAAGGGGGCGGCCUCCAACCUGGCGGCCCUGAUCGUGGAGGCCCACGACCUGGCCAAGAGGGCCGUGCACUCCAUGCAGACGUGCUUCACGCUGGUGCACAGGCUCUGCACGCUGCAGCAGUGCAUCUGGCUCGACAGGCGGCUCAUGGCGGAUGCUGUUGUGAUGCUGGAAGUGCAGGAGAUUGCUAUGGAGGUGAUUCACAUGAACAAGCUGUUUUCAAACAGGGGAUGGCUUGCUCGCCUGAACAGCCCAGAUGCUGAUGACAAGGUGGAAUUUAUGAGGCUAUCUGAUGCGAUCACUGCACUGCAAGAGAGAUGCAGUGCAGAUCAGCUCGUUGGCAUGACGCAGAGGGAUCUUCGUGCCGCUGAAUGGGGUCCAUCCUCUGGACAACUUAUGUGGCAUCUCCGGCAAGUUGGAGGUUUGCACAUGAUGGUUCACAAGGGCAGGCAUGAGUUAAGAGAGUUCGUCUCAAGACUUGCCCCGCUGUUGAGUGUGCGAAGCAGUGCUGUGGCCGAUCUUGUCGAUCAAGAAAUCAAGAUCGCUUCUGCCUCUGAGCUGCCAGGCCCACACUGUGCUAUAAGACACCCCGAUGUCCGGCUGCUUUGGUACAUAUACCUGCGGCAGGAAGAGGUUCCAUGGGCACUGUUUUGGAACCAUUUCCCUGAGUCGCUUCUAUUGGAUUGCACUACCUCGGAAAUAGUCGGCAGUCCGCAAUACAUCACAGAACUGCUGAAGAGUGACAAGAGCAAGAGCCAAUUUCAGAAGGCCAUUCAAAGGGUUGGUGCCAGGCAGUACAUCACCACUGUGGAAGUGGACCAUGCCUUUCCCCCAAACAAGACGAUCGAGGAAUGCGUGCGCAGAAUCUUGGACAUGAGCUCAGAAGUGGCUUACAUUAUGCCCCGCCGUGGCACCCCAACGACAGACAUGUGGGCAACUGCCACAAGCGUCACGGGGACGGGGAUGUCCAAGACCAAAGGAAAGAGUGAUGUGACAGAAGACACUUUCGAUGAGCAUAUUGGGCAGCGUAUGGAGGAGGUUCGGGAGGACAUGAUCAUCCCUGAGUUCAAGGGCUACAUUGGCGAUCUGUCUGGCAUACCAGGUGAAGGAUGCCAGAUGGUUGGGAGAGAAGAGGAGAUCAACAAACUUUGUGCCCUCCUUGAAGAGGGCCGACGACUUGUUGCCAUUGUGGGCAUGUGUGGCAUUGGCAAGUCCGCGGUUGCUGUUGCAGCUGUUGAUCAACUUCUUCAGUACAGGUUUUGGAAGAAUGCUCAUUACGUCAAUCUUGCAAGAGUCGAAACAGUCGAGGAUGCGGCUGCAAGAAUAGCCUGCAGCCUGGCAGUUCCACUGUUUCAGAGCUCAGUGACCAGCGUUCAGCGGCUCACCAACUGGUUAAAGCGCGAGGGUCCUGAGCAGCCACGCUGCGGAUGGCUGCUGGAUGGAGUCGACACCUUGAUUAUGCACUCAGGCACACGGGCUUCAUUCUUCAGCCUCCUUAUGCAGGCAAUGCGGCACACACCCCAUUUGCAGCUUGUGGUCACUUGCAGGUCGUUUCCAGACAUAGUGGAGCCCAAUCGUGUGGAGGAGUUGCUACACCUGGAUGAGCUGUCUCCUGAGAACGCCAUGAAUCUUGCAGAGGGAAUAUUGGGCGGUGGCAUCUCCAGAGGUGAAGCUCACUACCUGGUGAAUGCGUGCGGGGGUGUUCCGCUGGCCAUCAAGAUAGCUGGAGGGUGCGUUGUGGCAGGGGUCUGCUCUGCUGUUGACUUCAUGGAGAGCAUGAGAGAGCCAACACAUGAUUCGGAUCUGAGUGCUGUUGGCAGUCCUCUUGGUCCUAGAGCCAGGGUGCAGAGUGCCAUCAAGGCAGGGAUAAGUGCACUGGACGCCGACGAACGGCAGUCAUUAAUGCUGCUGUCAGAGUGCCCUGCAGAAUUCUCUGUUGAGAAUGUGGGUGCUGUUUUGGAGAAGGCCCAAAAGCCAACACAUGUGUGGGCCCUGCUGUGGCGGCUCAUGAUGAGAGGUUUCCUGCGCUUCAUUCCGGCUGAUGGGACAUACCAGCUUGAGGGCGCAGUGUAUGAAACUGUCCAAAGGCCGUUGUCUGAAACCACUGGACAAGAUGGGCGGCUGUUGGUGCGGUCUCCGCAUGAAGAUGACCAAAUAGACCGUGAGGCUGCCAGAGCUGCUCUUCUUCGGUACUACAUCACUCUGUUGGACAGAGUCAUGAGCGUCCACGUAACAACUGCUCAGCUUUCGGCAAUGAGGCUGCUUGAGCAAGAACGUGGUGGCUUGGAGCUGUUUGUGCUUUGGCUCGUCACAGAAACUGUGGUAUUCAGGGCCAUUCCCAGAGGCUCUGCGAACCAGAUUGUAAUACUGGCUUCAAGCCUGUGUGAAAUGCUCGUUGAGCUUGGCAUCCACUUUUUCUCCGCUUCCCAGAGGGCCACAUUGUUGGACGCGGUGUUCAACCUCACGGAGCGGACCAGGACCCACCAGAACAGGAUUCAGUGGUGUGAUGCCAGGCUUGGCCUUGCCAGAGCACUCAUUGCAAAUUGCCAAGGCAGUGAGGCAGAGCAUGUGCUGGAUAACCUGAAGCAAGUGCUUGGGGAAGCGACAGUGGGAGAUGAAGAGAAACAUGUGCUUGGUGAGGUUUUGGUGUUGAAGGGAAAGAUCAGGCACUUGGGUGGCAGGUUCAGGGAGGCUGAGCAUUACUACAUGGAAGGGCUAAAGGCCCAAAAGGAGGUACUUGGGGAGGAGAGCUUCCCAGUGAGCCGAACGCUGUCCCAAUUGGGUCCAGUGCAGCAGGGCCUGCGUCGCUUUGCUGAGGCUGAGAACUCGUACAAGACAAGCCUGAAGAUUCGAAAGAAACAUCAAGAUCGCAACGUGGUUGAGGUGACGAUCGUCAUGCACAAUCUAGCAUCUUUGAAUCAUCUGAUGCGUAGACAUGAUGAGUCACUGAAACAGUACCAGAAAAGCUUGAAGUUGCGAGAGAAGUACCUGGGGCAUGUGAAUGUGGAGGUCGCUUCAAGUCUUGGCAGCUUGGCCGCUGUGAAGGUGUCUAUGGGGCAACUUGAGGAGGCUGAGGGCUUGUACAGGAGGGCCAUUGCCAUACUGAAGGAAAUCCUGGGGGAAGAUCAUAUGGCUGUGGCAGAGAUGAGCACAAAACUGGCAGUGUUGCUGGAGAGUCAUGGAGAGCAGGAAGAGGCCAGCAUGUUGUAUGUUGAUGCCCUGGAGGUCAAGGAGCGGACGCUUGGGAGUUUCAACGACCAGGUCCUGAAGCUUGUUGGCCGUGUUAUGCGAGUAAUGGCCAAGACAGCAGGGGAAGCUGUCACAAACACGGCUGCUGUUGCUACUGAAAGUGUGACAGCAUGGAGCGAGUAUUUGGGACAGGCAGUGAAGGGGCCUCAGAGCAGCGAUGGACUGCUUUCUCAAGAUGGCCUCACCACCAAACAGUGGGAGUCAUUGGCCCAGACUGCUUCUGCUGCGGAUUUGUUUGUGACGGCAAGGUCUCUUUCAGCCGCUGUUGGUGAGUCUCCACAAAGCAGGGGGAGUAUGAAUGAUGCAGUGAAGGCGAUUCUGUCAUCUUACAAAUCUUCUUCAAAUGGGACGGAGCUGGCAAGUGGGGCGGUGACUGACAGGGAGAACAGCAACACACGGCCUCAACACCCGAGCCGCUUGAGGACCAAGAGCACUCCACAGCACCCACCUCCACAAGAGCAAACACCACACGGGCAGGCCAAAGAGUCCCAGCACGAAUUGCCUGCCUUGCGCCUCUCGCCGCCGCCAUUGGCAGAGGGGAAGGCCACAGCAGUAUUGGAUUUGGACAAGGAUCUGCAUCAUCAGGGGCUGUUGACUAACUGCAACGCAGGCGGUUUGAGUCCAUCAUCCUCGACGUCCAUUUCCAUCCCUCCAUCCAGUGUUGCUCUGUCGCUCAUGAGCCCAUCCCGAUACAAUAGAGAGACUGGACAGCAAAUGCAGGCAGAGACAAGAGACCCUGAGAACCCAGGCCCAGGGGAACCAGCUGCUGGGAAGCCAAGCCCUCGAGGAUCCGACGGUUCCUCAUCCCCACAGCCCAAUCCGCCCCUGGAGAUGCCAUUGAUCGAUAUUGUACCAUGCAGGGAGGAUGGCGAAGCUGAGAAAGGUCUGACUACCGAAAAGUCUCAAGUGCCCGAAGGACGAGCUGACUUUUUUGCCAAGGAGUUGUCAAUGAAGCUGGGUGAGGUGGCGCAGGUGCUGAGUGCCAGAACAACUGAUGGAAGGAAGGGUUUUGAUGCCACGGUCGGCUAUUCUACGCCUACAAAAUCUGGAGCAACAUCUGUUUGCACUGACAAAAGAAGUGGCAGGGGUGCAGGGGCGGUACCACUGGCGAAGGGGGAUGCCCGUGACAAGCGCCCUAUAGAUGAGGCCUUGGCUGGCAAAUUCUAUGACAACAGUGCGUUCCUCACCAUGACAGUGGAGCAGGACCUGAUGGAGUCCACCAACCUUGCACCAGAGCAUAUUGACGCACUGCAGAGUAUCGUGAAUCCGCUGUACCGAAUGGAGGUGGAUGCAGUGACUCCAGACAGCGAAGCAAUGCCUGCUGCACUGGUGACAACGCAUGCAAGCUUUGAUUUGUGA